AUGUGUUUGGAGUUUUUACGCAUGUCAGAUACUCAGAGUGCACGCAAUGCCAAAAAACGCAAAAAGUCCGGAGGUUUUUUCCAGUUCCUCUGGACUGGAUUCCGUAACAAGAAAAAACAGAUGGGGAUUGUACUAGGUUUCUUUAAUCCGGAACUUUCUGAAUUCCAGAAGAAGAAACUGAUACACGAGUUCCAUUUAUUUUUCGAUCUAAACAAAGACGGGAACUUGGAAUGGAAAGACAUGGAAAUAGCUAGACAGAAAAUAUGUGAUUGGAGUGGAUGGAAGCCCGGUUCAGACAAACACACGAAAACUCACGAGCUUUUCCGGACAAUAUGGCGGCGUCUUCAGGACGAGGGGGACGAAAACAAUGACGGCAAAAUAACGAUUGAGGAAUGGGUCCGUAUGUGGACAACAUUUAAUGAGAACUGUAUUAGAGAGGCCAAGAAAGCUGACCCACUCCCCGCUGACCGAAAACUUCCAGACUGGUUGGAAUCCUAUGUGGAAUACAAAUUUAAUCUGUACGACAGGACAGGUGAUGGAAAGAUAGACGCGGAGGAGUUUGAAUAUGUGUUAGCUGACUUCGGUGUUCCUGCAAAAGAUGCCAGACAAGCGUUUCUCCUCUUUUCAGGUAACAAUACUCGGAAGGUCGACCUACCCUACUUCCGGGAGCUCUGCACAGACUACUACCGUUCGGACGAUCCCGGAGCGCUCGGAAACUUUAUAACCGGAAAACUUGAUUUCACAAGAUGA